AAAGGGGGGGGGGUUCUAUUUCAGCGGCGCGGCAAACCCUUUAAACCAAUUGGUGUUGAUGCUCCUAUGCAUUCAGUUGUGCGGUAACCGACCGCUUUGCUCGAGUCAUGUGUGGAUGGUUACUUUGUUAUAAUUGUCAUACGAUACAAAGGUAAAGAACUUGGAGUAUAGAUCCUGAGACCCAGUGAACAGCUUUUGAACUGUUAAUAUUUUGUCAUAUAAAACUGCAAAACAAAGAGAAGCCAAGAAACAGCAAGCACUUGAAUUCAUGGUGAUUUUUUUAAUUUUACAAUUUGUGGAUUUAUACAUCUUUUCAAGUUAUAACAGACCAUAAAAUUCAGAGCUGAUUAUUGUUGGUACAACUGAGGACAUUCUAGAUUCAAGGAAAUGCCUAUGUUCAUAAAGAGAUUCUUUUAUGUCAGACAACUGGUAUCAGUGAUGCAACAUUCUGUGAGACACCAGUCUGGAAGGUCUUAUGUUUUUCUAAGAGACAAAGCAUACAUAAAUGGAAAAUGGAUAACUUCAAAGAGUGGAAAUACAUUUCAGGUUCUAAACCCAGCUAAUGGAGAAGUACUUGGAACUGUUCCUGAUUGUGGAGCUCAAGAAACUGAAGAAGCUAUCAAAGCUGCUCAUGACAGUUUCCAGUCAUGGAGGUUUAUUACAGCUAAAGAAAGAGGAGCAAAACUUCGUGCAUUGUUUGAGUUACAAAUCAAACAUCACCGUGAACUUGCAGAGCUUCUCACAGCAGAAGCAGGAAAGAGUCUGAAAGAAGCUACUGGAGAAAUUAAUUAUGGAGCAUCUUUCUUGGAGUGGUAUGCAGAGGAAGCUCGACGUAUCUAUGGGGAUGUGAUUCCUUCUUCAUCUAAAAACAAACAGCUAGUUGUCCUGAAACAGCCAAUUGGAGUAGCUGCUCUUAUUACACCAUGGAACUUCCCAAAUGCGAUGAUCACCCGAAAGAUGGGAGCAGCCUUGGCUGCUGGUUGCACUGUGGUUAUCAAACCAGCUAGUGACACUCCAUACUCAGCUCUAGCAAUAGGAGCUUUGGCUGAUGAAGCAGGGAUACCACCUGGUGUUAUUAACAUUAUACCCUCUUCAAUUGAAACAACACCAAUAGUUGGAAAAACAUUAUGUGAAAGCCCUCUUGUAACAGCUCUUUCUUUUACAGGAUCUACACAUGUUGGAAAGAUUUUACACAUCACAUGCUCAUGCAUCGUGAAAAAGGUUUCAUUAGAGUUGGGAGGCAAUGCUCCUUUCAUUGUCUUCAACUCUGCAAAUAUUGACAAAGCUGUAGCAGGAGCUAUGUCAUCAAAGUUUCGAAACUCUGGACAGACAUGUGUUUGUUCAAACCGGUUCCUUGUGCAAGAAAAGGUUCAUGAUGAAUUUAUUCACAAACUGAGUGAAUCCAUAAAAAGCCAGCUAGUUGUUGGAGAUGGAUUUCAACCAGAAACUAACAUCGGUCCUUUGAUUAAUGCAAAAGCUGUUGAGAAGGUUUCCAAACAUGUUGAAGAUGCUGUACUGAAAGGUGGUAACAUUUUAGUUGGGGGAAAACAACAUGAUGCUGGAGAAAACUUUUUCCAACCAACUCUGAUAACAGAAGUUCAGCCUGACAUGCUGGUAUACAAGGAAGAGAUUUUUGGACCUGUGGUUGCUAUCCUCAAAUUUAAAACUGAAGAAGAAGCUAUUGCUUUAGCAAAUUCGACAAGAGUAGGUUUGGCUGGAUAUUUUUAUUCUGAGGAUAUUUCUCAGAUCUGGCGCGUAGCACAGCAGUUAGAAGUUGGGCUUGUUGGAGUCAACGAAGGUCUUAUUAGUGCACCAGAAGCACCAUUUGGUGGAGUGAAAGAGUCAGGUCUAGGACGUGAAGGGUCUCAUUAUGGAAUUGAUGACUAUAUAGAAAUUAAAUAUGUAUGUUUUGGUGGUCUCAACUGAAAUAAGCAAAUAGAUUAAUACAACUACAUUUAUAAUGCUGUUUAGGUUCCAUGAAUAUUUCAAAUUAUGAUGUAGAGUGCUUAUGAUUGCCCAUAGUUUUUAUUUUAGGUAAAUGAAGGAUAAUAAUUACCGAUUUGUUUAAAUGACUUAACUUUUAUGCAUGUUGCAUAAAUCUUCAUGGUAUCCCAAGUUUUGUAUUAAACAGUGACUGCUUGGCCUUAAGUACAUCACUUGCUUUCCCAUUGGCUAAUGAAGUUCAGACUGAAAAUGAUCAUACGAAAUGACAACUGGAGUAGAAUUGCUCAGUACAGAUCAAUUGAACUAAAAAAAAAAAGAGUAAGUUCUGCUGCUAAGUAACACUUGCUUAUAGACAUGUUGUUUUUGUACAACAUAUCAGUCAAUUACAGUUCAUUCUGUAGUGACCAGUACGAAACUAGCAAGUACAAGAGCUCCCCCUCCUUAUUUACAACCAUGCUGUCAGAACUUAAAAAACAAGCAGAAGUAUGAGCCUGUUGAAAAUUUAAGUCUGUUGCAAAACUAUUUGAACUAAAAGUUCUUCCAGAAACCUGUCCUUAAUUUAUCAAGUAAAUUAGCAAGUAUGUGUAAUGUUCAUUACUGUUGAUUUCUGAAUUUCCAAAUGUGUAAAUGCAAUAAAAAGAGAAUUUAUAAAUAAAUAAAUGCAUGUCA